AUAGACCCCCAAUUUGUGAUGACUGCUGCACACUGUAGAGGAAGAGAAAUCACGGUCACCCUUGGAGCUCAUAACAUAAACAUGGAAGAAUCCACACAGCAGACAAUAAAAACUGAAAAACAAAUCGUUCACCCAAUGUUCCAAAAGGAUUCGGGUUUCAAUGACAUCAUGUUACUGAAGCUACAAAACAAAGCUGAGUUGACUCCUGCUGUGAAUGUAAUUCACCUGCCUAGUCCCUCUGACAUUCUCAAGCCUGGGAAGAUGUGCUGGACAGCUGGAUGGGGGCACACUGGAGAGAAUAAACCUCCAUCAGAUACCCUGAGAGAGGCUGAACUGAGAAUCAUGGAUAAAGAGGCCUGUAAAGUGCACACGGAUUACGACGAUCAUCUCCAGCUCUGCGUGGGCAGUCCUUCAACAUCAAAAUCUAUAUACAAAGGAGACUCUGGGGGACCUCUAGUGUGUGCUGGUAUGGCCCAAGGUAUUGCAUCUUAUGUGAAUUCAAACGAAAAGCCACCUGCAGUCUUCACCCGAAUCUCCGAAUACCUUCCCUGGAUAAAUAAAGUCUUAAAGAGCAAGUAG